CAAGUUUUCUGUCACAAAACACCUUCGAAGAACAUGGACGUCCUCUGAAUGCCAUCAAAAUCAGGAUCAAAUUAUUAGUACCCGACAAGCUUGAAAAUGUCCUAUGUCAACAAAAAACUGCGGGCUUUCCACGACGUCAAUCAUGUGGAAGUCCGCCGAAAACGGUCUGAGGGACGCAUGAAGACAUAUAUUUCGGCUAUCGACGCUAGAUCUUGGUGCGGCAGUAAAGAAGAUCGACGACAACACAUCUUAGAUUUAAUUAGACAAGGCGACGGAAAAGGCUUAUCUCUGGGAAAGUACAUACCCAUAGAAGCAAUCAUCGACAUUCUUCUAGCCAACAAGAAUGCCGACAUCAAACGACUGCAACAAGAAAUCGCUGAGCUCAAGGCGCAAAUGAAAGAACAUGGCAUUUCCUAUGAAGAGAAACCGGUGAGAACGGUCGAACCUGGAUCCGAACACCUUGGACCACAAGCAUCGGAGGCGGCGAAAAGUAGUGUCAAAUCAAAACGGUCAGCGGGAGAAGCACCACCAAAAGAACGAGGUAGCCAAGAAGAAAUAAAAGCGACAAUAGAACAAGGACCAACGGAAGAAUGGGGAAUGGUAGAAUUAGCACGAGAUGAAGAAGGCGCAGCUGCAGUAACACCAGGUGAAGAAGCAGCAGCAGCUCCAGAAGAAGAACUUCUAGGUGGAGCCCCGAAAGAAGAAAUAGCUAAAACAUCGUCUCAUCCUUCUCGUACAGGAGUUGCAGAAGAAGGAAUAGAAGAAAAGCUGAGCGCUGAUAAAGCAGAGAAGAUAUCUAAAACAUCGUCUCAUCCUUCUCGUGCAGGAAUGGAAGCAGAAGGAAUUGAUGAGAAAGAUAAAGCAGAGACGGUACAACCCGUUGUCACCCAGACAAGAGUCUCUAGAACCUCAUUCCGCGACCUUCCUACAAUAAAAAGAAAAAGUUCAGACACAAUAAGUGGUAUGGAAUUGCAAGUAAUAACAGUAGGAGGAGUACCAGCAGAAGAGGAAAUGAAAGUCGUACCGGAAAAAGGGAUCACGGAAGUCCCGGAAAAAGAGAUCAAGGAAGUCGUGGAAUAUCGCGAGGAAGUAGAAGCAUUAUAUAGAGCCUUAGCCAUGGAAGCAAUACAACAAUUAGAGGCCAUUAGAAACAUUGUCGAAGCAGGAGAUGCUCAACCAGGGACUUCGGUAGAUCAGCAACCCGAAAGUGGUAGACGUAAAUCAAAAGAAUCUAUUAAAUCUGGAACUGGUAGCCACAAGUCGUCAGAAAAAUUAACUGCCAUUGCAGAAGAAGCUGGAGUGUCCCAGCCUGCAAAAAGUAGUAGUCGCACGUCAAGAGGGUCUGAAGGAGAAAAGGACAAGGUAAAACCAGUUGUGUCAGCACCUGUGUCAAAUCAGCUCGCUGAAAGCCCUAGUCGAAAAUCGAAUGAGUUUGGAGGAGAAACUGGAAUAAUAAAAACGGUUUCAUCAGCGCCUGCAAGAAUCCAGCCAUUUGAAAGUAGUUCGCCGCAAGGGACCGAGCUAAGAAGACGCCUUGACGGUUUAAGAGGUCUUGAAGAUGAAGUGAAGAAUCUUAAAGACAAGAUAGCUAAACGCGUGGAACCAAGCGGUGAUAGCAACGAAAGGGACAAACUGAAAGCGGAAAUGGACGAAUGCCAAAUGAAACUAAAGGAGCUAGACAUUUUGAAGAUCGAAAAGAAUUGUCUGAAAGGUCGCUGCAAAGAUUUGGAGGCAGUCCAAAUAGAGUACGAAAAUUUGUUGAAAAGGACAGCAGGAUUUGAAACUAUGAAGGCACAGUGUUCGAUGUACAAGACUAAGUACGAUGAAGUGGUAAAACUUAGCGAAGAAAAUAUACAGCUUAGGAAUAAAUCGCAGAAAACGGACGAUCUAGAAAAGGAAAGAGAAAUGCUUUUGAAACAAAUAGAAGAAUGUGAAUGUUGUAUAAAUAAUCAAGAUUCCGAAUUGAAGAGGUUAACUUGUCACAUCCAAUGUCUUUCGGAGGAAAUAAACAAACAAAGAGAGCAAGGUACAACCAAGACCUUGACAAUCAAGGCCCGGUUGAAGAAACAAGAUCUGAAGCCGGAAUCGCAUGUACCCGAGGCUGAUGAAGAUGCUCCUCCUGCAUGUGAAGCAACUUGUCUGCGUACGCGUAUUACAGAACUUGAAGAUGAAGUUGCACAACUUGAAAAUCAAAUUGCGCAGAUGAAGAAAGCACGCAGCGAAGAACAAAGCGCAUUAAAUGAAAGCCACAAAGAAGAAUUGGCUGCCAAAGAUGCAAUGCAUAGUGCGUUACAAGAAAGUUUUAAUGCCACGAAAUCUAAUUACAACGCACUGGAUUCAAACUACCAAGCAUUACAAGCCAAUUACAAAACUUUGGAAGAAAAAUACAAAGCCCUAGAAGAGAAUUACGCGCAACUCGACGCAAAAUAUAAAUCGUCAGUAGAAAAGUACAACGAACUGGAAGCCAAAUACGACGCUGCAGCCGGAGACUACGACAACUUAAGGUCACAGUAUAAAGCAACAGAAGCCAGUUACAAAAAGUUAGACGCAAGCUACAAAGCUUUGGAAAUAAAAUAUAAAACUUUAGACACUACGUUCAAACACUUACAAGAUAGCAGAAAAGUUCUGGAAGAGAACAUUAAAUCCCUCCAAGAAAACAACAAGACGUGUAUUCAGAAUCUAGAAUCCGAAAAAAACAAUUCACACCAGCUAUCCGAAGCGCUGCGUCGGACGAUCAAAAACGACGAUCAUUUGAAGCAGAUGUUGAAGCAAACGAAGUGCGCGAUCAAGUGUAUCACACUAAAAUUGAAAAAAAAUGAGAUUAUUGGGCCGGUUGAGUUACAACGGCAGAAGGAGGAAUUCUGUAAGAAAAUGCAAGAACUGCAGGGACUCACGGAAGCGCCUUGUGGUGCCGAGAAAAUUUUUGAAUUAGAGGAGGAAUUAACAAAAGCGAAUGCGACAAUCAAGUGUUUGCGAGGUAAUUUAAAUCAACUGAAAGGCGUAAUGGAUAAAAGAGAAAAUCCAGAACACUGCAUCUGCUAAUUCCAGAAUUAAUAACGUAAACUUGUACCUCCUACAUGAAUAAAAUAGUUUUAUAAUGGGUUUUAAAUUUGUUGUCA